AUGCUCUAUUUUCGAGAAUCAUGUUUCUAUCUUGUCAGGCGCAAUGCGGUGACCUGUUGUUCGUCAAUCAGCAGCCUAUGGUUCUUUUUUUCAUUCUGUCUUUUCUUACUGUUUUAUUCUCAUAUCCUUUUCUUUCUUUCUUUCGUUCGUUCUUUCUUUCUGUUUUUGUUUUCUCUUUUUUUCUUUCUUUUUUGCAUUCUUCGGCUUGUUUCACCUGUCCUUUUCUAUAACAUUUUUAUUUAUAUUAUUUCUUUCUUUCCUUUUUUUUUCUUUCUUUCUUUCCUUUUUUUCUUUCUUUCUUUCCUUUUUUCUUUCUUUCUUUCUUCUUCGUCGUCCUUUUCUUCUUUCAUUCAUUACAAAUCCCAUUUAAUUAUUACUUUUUUUUCUCUUUUUUCUUUUCUUCAUUUUUCUUUAUUAUUUUCUGUAUUCUUCUCUUUCCUUUUUAUCUAUUUUCACUUAUUUUUUCUUUUCUAUCUUUUAUUCACGUUUCUUUGUUUCUAUCAUUAUCUCUUUCCUUUUAUAUUCGUCGCCUUUGUCGUCUUCUUCUUCUUCUUCUUCUUCUUCUUCUUCUUCUUCUCACAGUUCUUCUUUCUUGUCUUCCUCUAUUUGCUUUUCUCUGGAAGUGAGAGGUACAGGGUGACUAGUCACAUGACCAAGACUGUCCAGCCAUCGAUAUCCAAUCACAAUUUCUCUUUCUUUCUAUCUCUCUCUCUCUCUCUCUCUCUCUCUCUCUCUCUCUCUCUCUCUUUCUAG